AUGGGGCUCCAGUUAGCCAAUCAGCUUUCGGCCCCUUCCAGCGCCAUCUGGGUUCUAAUUGGAUCCGAUCACUACUGGAAGGUCGUCACCGGAAGCACCGUGCGAUUGUCGAAAGACCUGGUAGCAGUAGAAACUUUGUUCGGGUGGACGGUGCAGGCCGCUUUUCGCUUCAUAUCCGCGAAUGAGUUGCAAGCCUUUUGGGAGCUAGAACACCUCGCUAUUAAUGAUCAGCAGCAAUCCAACGAUACAGAUGGCACUGUUCUUCAAGAAUUUCGUGCGGCUGCUAAGGUUUGCGGCAGUCGAUAUGUUGUGCGGUUCCCAAGAGAUCCAGGCAAAAGCUCCUUACUGGGUGACAACAAGGCCCUAGCCGUACAGAGACUCCAAAGGAUAACGAAGAAAUUGCUCUCCGACGAAGCAGUUAUGGAUGAGUACGACUCAACGAUACGACAGUACCUGAAGAACGAUCAUGCCGAGCGAGUGGCUGACCCUGCAGUUGUUUCAGGACCACUGUACUACAUGGCUCAUCAUGCAGUCAUUCGUAGAGACCGAGAGACAACGAAGGUUCGGAUAGUGUUCGAUGCCUCAUCAAAGGCUCCCGGUUGUCUCUCGCUCAACGAAACGCUUCAUGCUGGGCCAAACUUGAGCCCGGACGUCCUGGAACUUCUGCUACAAUUUCGAGCCUUUCGAAUUGCUGUAACACCGGACGUUGAAAAGGCGUUUCUGCAGAUCCUGUUGGAAGAGGCUGACAGAGAUUGGUUACGCUUCCUUUGGUACUCGACGACUCCAAAGAACGGCGAACCUUUACCAUCAGUUGAGACUUGGAGGAUGACGCGUGUCCCUCUCGGUGCCAAGUCGAGUCCAUUUCUGCUAGCAGCCACCACACGUCAUCACUUACAGUCUGUAGAGGCAACGUAUACUCCGACUGAUACUCUGACUGCUUCUCUACUUGCGUCACACUUUUACGUCGACGACCUAGUUGUCGGGUUAGACACUGUUGAAGAGGCGCUAACGCUAUACCAUCAGGCACGACAGAUCCUUCGAGAGGCCGGUAUGAAGCAGGCGAAGCGGACCAGCAACUGCGCAGCGUUACGCAGUACCUUCGAAGCGGAUGGGACAACGUCCGCGCCGGAUACAUCGCUGAAGAAGGUGUUAGGGCUCUUCUCGGACGUCGACACUGACGAGUUGCGUUAUUCCCCGAAGUCCAUCUCAAAGUUUCUUGAAAAGAGGACCGACACUAAACGUUGCGUACUGCAGACGGAAUCGCGUGUGUACGAUCCACUGGUCUAUAUAGCGUCAUUUGUGAUUACGAUCAAGAUUUUACAGCACAGCAUCUGGCUUUCCAAAAUACAGUGGGAUGAUCGUCUCCUCGAAGAUCUGAUGGGAACGUGGUUGUCAUGGUGCCAGGAAGUUCCGCUGAUCUCACGAAUUUCGAUACCUCGGACGCUAUCGGACUCUACAUCAAUUGCCGCAGCAUCCAAAACGCUGCACAUGUUUUGCGAUGCUAGCCCGAAAGCGUAUGACGCUGCUGUUUAUCUAGUGAGCGAAAGAGACAAGGGACUCUCUGAGGCGAGCCUUUUGCUAGCUAAGAGCAGAGUUGCUCCUGUGAAGCAUGUCUCGCUACCCAGAGUAGAACUCAUGAGUGCUGUCAUUGCCGCACGACUGCUCAGGUGCGUCAGAGCCACGCUAUCCAUGCCCGAGGUGGAAGCAGUCUUGUGGACUGACUCACUUUCUUGUUGGGGGAGUGUAAAAGAAGUUGAGGGUUCUGGGGCCGGAUUCACAAAAGCACCUUACGAUAAAAUUUUUCGCCAGUUUGUCUUAAGGAAAAGUUGCGACAAAUAG